GUAGUCAUCAACAUUCGAACUACGGUCGAUAUUCAAUGGCAAGAUAUGACUAUAGAGAAGGACGUGCGAGCACUUGAUCUUGUACCAUAUCUGAAUGUAGACGAUCAGGACGUAUGGCCGGCCGAUUAUGUACUUGCCAAGACUGACGGCAAAACAGGGACGGAACGCAUGGGCAUUGUUCAGCGCGUGAAUGCAGUAGAUAGGUUGGCAACAGUACGCUGGUUCGGACAAGAGCCCGGUAAACUCGAGGACGAAUCCGAAGAGUUGAGCCUUUAUGAGAUAGUCGUACGUCCAGACUUGCAAGCAGGGCUAGGGGAUAAAGUACUUUUGUGGCAACAAAAUCAUUGCGAAAGGCUGUUGCCACUAUUAUCAUUGUCAAAUGUAAUUAACGACAAUGCUGCACUGGAAGAAAUCGCAUCACGACUAAAGAAAUUAUCAGACGAAGAGGCAAAGACUUUGCAGGAGUACGAAGAAAGUGCGGGCAAUCGUAAUAAAACAGAUAGAUCUCUCGAUUGGUUUGGAGAAAUUGCCCAACUGACGCUGGAUGGUCGCGCUGUCAUCUCGCUCGCAAACAAAUCCACAGCCGUUGUUCCUUUAGACCAAGUAGUCGUACUCGAGGACUCAGACGACGAGGAAGAUGAUGAUGAUGUCAAUAUCACUACAAACUCGAAUGGAAAUAAUAAUACGUUUACGUUUCAUAAUAGGACUAUACACGAUUAUGAAGAUUGGUCAAGUGAAUCUGACGCAAGCGAUGCUGAAUCUGACAGUGACAGUUGGGAGACUGUAGAUGAAGACGAUGAAAACGACAACACUGCAGAAAAGGAAGAAUGGAAAACGUAUUUGUCUGAAAAUGAAAUGGAAAUAGAUGAUCCUGCGGGUCUUGCUGCAUACGGAUGGCUUCAGUUCGCGAUACUAGAAGAACCUCCUGAAAAUCACCGCUUUUUGAAGCUUGCAGCAGAAAGUCGAUCAAGAGCAUGCAUACAACGCAUAGUCAAAGAACACGGCAUAUUACGAAAAUCAUUACCAGACGGCAUUUUGGUACGUGCGUUCGAAAACCGAAUGGAUUUGUUUCGUGUGUUAAUAUUCGGGUCGUCACAAACGCCAUAUGAAGAUGCACCGUUUUUGUUUGACUUUGCAAUACCACAUAAUUUCCCUAAUGUACCACCACUUGCAUUCUUUCAUUCGUGGACUGGUGGGAUCGGACGGAUCAAUCCCAAUCUGUAUGAAGACGGAAAAGUCUGCCUAAGCCUCCUAAAUACCUGGCACGGUAAAGAUGAAACGGAAGUCUGGACACCCUCAUCAUCCUUACUACAACUAUUUAUCUCUCUUCAAGCUCUGGUGCUAACGCGAUCACCAUGGUACAAUGAGGCUGGAUACGAGAAGUUUGUUGGCACAGAAGAGGCAGUCACAUCUGUGGCGGUUUAUAAUGAGAAGGCAUAUAUUCUGAGUCUAAGAGCAAUCGCUAAGGCACUUGGCGAUCCACCCGGAUGUUUUUCCGAAGAAAUCAAAUCCUAUUACUUCAAGAAUAAAGCCCUUCUACGCGUCAUCAAUAAAGCUGAGAAAGUAAUAGCAAAUAGCGAAUCUGAUAACAAUACAACCCCCCAUACGUCUGAUGAUGUUGUUGUUCGAGUGAGCAAAGGUGCGCUAAAACUAUUGAAAGGUACAACGGAAACGCUGAAAACUGUUUGGAAGGAAAAUCAGUAA